CUACAGGAGAUGAAGACGAAAAACGUGAAGGAAUAUGUGAAGUGGAUGAUGUACUGGAUCGUGUUUGCCUUUUUCACCACUGCAGAAACACUCACAGACAUUGUUCUCUCUUGGUUUCCCUUUUAUUUCGAGCUGAAAAUCGCAUUUGUGAUUUGGCUGCUCUCCCCUUACACCAAGGGCUCCAGUGUCCUCUACAGGAAGUUUGUGCACCCAACGCUCUCCAAUAAGGAGAAGGAGAUUGAUGAAUACAUUACUCAGGCUUGUGACAAGAGCUAUGAAACCAUGAUGCGAGUUGGCAAGAGGGGGUUAAACCUUGCUGCCAAUGCAGCAGUUACUGCAGCUGCAAAGGGCCAGGGAGUUUUGUCUGAGAAGCUUCGGAGUUUCAGCAUGCAGGACCUCACUCUGAUCCGGGAUGAGGACACCGUGCACAUGCGGAGCCGCGAUCCGCAGCUGCAUUCCUCUGGUGGGAGUCUGCUGGAAACCAUCGAGGACUCAGCUUCCUGUUACUCCUCAGGAGAGGAGAGCAGUGUGGCACAUAGGUCUAAUGGAACCCCAUCAGAGCCUAGAACAGACCCAUCAGAUGAAGAUGCAGGAGACAAACUUCCUAAACGUACCCAGAGUCUCAAAGCUCCUAAAAAGGUGACAAAAACUGAGCUUCCAGUAAGGAGUGUAAAAGCCCGGCCCAAGAAGAAAGCUGCUGGCUCUCUUGCCUCUGGCGAGUCAUCCUAAGGCGACCUCCCCCUCCCCAGCACCUGUCUCUGUCCCGGGAUUUUCGCUUUUGAGGGGAAACUCUCCAAAGGAAGGGAGCUGAGAUUCUUGUACAUAACAGAUACUGCUUUGUAGAGCUCAUUCCAAGGCAAGGGGGAGGCUGGGAUUCAGAAAAUGGAGUAGAGGAUACACAUCCUCAGGAAUUUUCUCCUUUUCAUCCCUCUGUUGGAGGGAAUGCUGAUAUGUCUGUACAUAGCCAGUUGCUUUGGAAUUCCCACUGUAUAACCCUAGUUGAGAAUCUUUGCUGCAAGAACUGACUAGGGUUUGAGACAUCCAUUGCACAGAAACUGGAAAAAUACUAGACACUGGAGUUCCACAGGGGUGGGUGGCUCCCAAAAAUGUCUUAUCUUGCUCUGGGUAUCCUUCUGCAGCUGUGUGUUGUUAAGAAGUGCCCACCAUGAGUCAUAUUCCGUAAGAAUGGACCGUACCUGACAUGUCCAUCCCCUCUGAGAAGGUGACUGAAAUGAUGUGUGCUGGGUGCUUUUGAACAUAAAGGUCUAGCUCAUGGGAGGAAAAUGCUAGAUUCCCAUUACUCGUCCUG